AAUAAUUAAGCUUUUACCUACAACACUCUACCUAACAUUCAAAAACGUUAGAAAAUUGCAAUUGAUCAUCCACAAUCAAAUCAAAAAAAAUGAGUAUUCCCCAAAAAAAUCCUUCUAAAGAUAUAGAAUGGUUAAAAGAUAUGAAAAGUAGCAUAAGUUUAACAGCUUCCCUAAUCGCAACUCUGACAUUUUCACUUGCCACUAAUCCACCUGGUGGCGUUGUGCAAGCUAGUGUUGGUGAUAGCAACGAAUGUGGCAAAAUAUUAAUAUCCACAAUAAAUACCACAAUAUGCGUAGGAGAAGCUAUCUUGGCAACUAGAUCUCAUGAUAAGUAUCUAGCUUUUUUGAUAUGCAAUACAAUUUGUUUCAUUGCAUCACUUAGUGUUAUUCUUGUGCUUGUUAGUGGAAUUCCUAUCGACAAUAAGUUUUCAAUGUGGCUUUUAUCAAUGGGCAUGUCUAUCAUACUCUCAAGCCUUGCUCUUACCUACUUGUUUGCUGCAAACAUGGUCACUCCGAACUCCAUUUGGAAUUCUCUUUCUGGGAAUGGGUUUGGUAUUUCUCUUUUUGUUUGGAUUGCCGUAGUUUUAACUGUUUAUAUCAUUCUCGUGGUUUGCGCCUGUGUGAAGUGUUGCAGAAAAUGUGGCUCGUAGUUGUCUUAUAAUACUCCCUUCGGUUUCAACUAUAAGAGAUAGUUACUUUUUAAGUUCAUUUAGUAAAUGAUGUAUUUAGUUCUUAAUAUAGACUAAAUGUAUCAUUUAUUGAAUGAAUCUAAAAAGUAAAUAUUAUCUUAUAAUUAAGAUCGGAGUAGUACUAAUUUGUUUGUGUUUGGCUACCUCAUUUGAUAUGGUGCAAUAAGUGGCAGAAACUACAGUUCUGGUGUAGCGUAAGUGGUUGCUGUGUAAUAUAUACGUUUAUUGGAGAGUUUAAAGUUCGAUUUCAUGUGUUAAAAUACUUAAUCAUAGUAAGUUCAUUGCAGCAAUUUGUGAUUAGCAUUGAAUAAGAUGCAAUCAUAAUUGAAAUCAUGAUCUUCAUAACUAACUUAUUACAUACCUUAUCUCCUUUCUUAUUGUCAGCUGGAUAUUAUCUGAGUGUCUAGGAAGCGAAAAUAUCACAACUAUAGCUGAAGAAAAUGUUCAAACUCUCUCCAAAUCUAAUGCAUCUGAACUAUUAGACUCCGUGGUUAAAAUUGUGAAUGAUUGCCUAACUGAAGCGCCUUGAUUUGGUGUUCAGAAGACAAGAAGCAUGGUGUAGAUUCUUUUUUUAAAAAAAGAAUAGUGCAUAUUGCAACAUUGUUUAUGAAUUUGUGGUAAAUGUAAUAAUAACAUGACCCACAUAAAUGUCUUCAAUAGCACACAAGUCUCCAUCUAAUCAAUGCAAGAAAAUAAAAAAUGCAAGCAGAAUGAUUUGCAUUCAAAUGAAAUGAUGGUAUGAGCACAGUUAGGCCCCAUUGUAAUCAUCAAUUGUGAACAUUAAGUGGGAUUUUACUACUCUAGGGAAAACCCUUUCAAUUGGGACCAUUAAGAUUAAUAUGCAGUGGUGGCCAAGAAAGGAAAAAAAUCAUGAAACCAAAUAUGACCAAGAAAUGGUCUAAAACUCUUUUGUAGAG